GUGUAACUUCUUCAAACCAACUUUUUCCCCACAGAGGAGGUUUGUAUGGGUUAAGCUGGUGCUCCAAACUGUGCAGGCUCAUGCUUCUGGCCAUCUUCCCCGAGCCCCUGCUGCUCUGUAGCUGUGCUAACUACUUUGUCAGAACCGAGAGUUUUGUCUGGUUUUCGUGUCCCGUGUUGUCGCGAGUGGAAACCUGGCUGUCUGCGGCGGUGUUAACCGGGGUACAGCGUUCACAGCGUGGCCUUUAAUUACCGCUGGGAAAUUAGUGUGCUAGACUCAUUGAAGAAACCCGUGUAAGCUCGUAAUUGCGUAGCGUGUUAACCAAAAAUUCCUUGUAUUUGAGCUCUCAUUAAGAGCAACACGAGUUCCUAUAGAACUAAUGCAGCAGCAGCAGCAAUAAUAUAGAAGAUUAUAAAUAGCAACACCAUAAGCAUGGGGAUGAGUGCCACACAUUUAUUGGCUUAAAACGGAUGCUUUUAUUCUCUUGCCUAUCAUACAGGGUGGUGUUUAAUUAAGUGGAGUGCAGUCACAUUAAUGCUGUAACUUCCUCCGCUUUAAUACAGUCUGAGUAAUCAGCUUUCAGUGUGGUGUUUGUCACCAGUGAAAUCUAGCCUCCAUUACCUGCUGCUCCUGCUGCAGGUCUUUCUCUGUCGCCUUAUGCUCCUCUGUAUCAUAGUUCAUUUCCCUGGCUCUGAGAAAAACUAAUUUAAGCUUUGCCAAUAAAGAGUCAGGUUUGUACAGAUCUAGAGGCUGCAUUGACAGUAAAUGAAUGCGAAUGCAAGUCUUUUUUUAUUUUAAGGAUUUCCAUUAACUUUAGCAGAUUUGCAGGUUUUCUUAGUGGGAUUAUUUGGGCUAGGCUGGAUUAAAGGCUAGAUUUUCCUUAUCUGUGAGCACACCACUGUCUCACCAGCCUUUACAGUGUGUGUGAGCGGCUCUGUUGCUUUAAGAGCUUGAUGUUAAAGUAUAAUUGCUGAGGGUUUUUUUUUUUCUUGCUUGUACUAUGUUUCAUGCCCUACAGAAAGAAUGUAGAGGGUUGUGUGCUUUGCUUCAUUUGUGGCCGUCUGCCGUUUCCCAAGUGCAAUGAACUUAGAGGAGGAGAAAAAAAAAUCUCCUGGCCCGUGCCAGAAUCCAUGGGUCGUUGACGUUACCUCUCUCCAUCCUCCUCUGCCCCCCUCCUCCUCCUCCUCUCCCUGUGACUCAUGUGGGUGUUGGGCUGAAAUAGUUUGGUGUAGUUUUACAUUCCUUAUAUAGCCUCUGAGGAGUGAGGAGAGGCUACGGCUUGCCUGUGUCACAGUCAGGAUCGAGGGGGUAGGGUUUGCCAACAGAGAGGGAAUUUGCUUGCUCCAGCUUACUGACUCUUUAGCUUUCUCCCAGGUUUGGGCUACCAGCUGACCUUUGAGGACAAGGGUAUGAAUACGUACUCUGUAACCCUCAGCGGCUCGCCGCCUUGGGGCUUCAGGCUGCAGGGUGGCAAGGACUUCAACAUGCCUCUCACCGUGUCAAGGCUGACGCCGGGUGGAAAGGCAGCUCAGGCUGCCAUCGAUGUUGGAGACUGGGUGGUGGCGAUCGGUGACGCCAACGCAGAGGAGAUGACCCACGUGGAGGCACAAAACAAGAUCAGAGAAGCGUCAGGCUCCCUCACCCUCACCCUCAGCAGACCCUCCAAAGCGGGUGGAGACCAGAAGGACUCGCUUGCUACAGCUUCUGUUCCGCCAAAGUACUCCUUUGCCCCGAGCACGACCAUUAACAAGAUGGCGAGGCCAUUUGCAGCAGGUGGUGCUAGUGCCAACUCAGGACCUGCUAUUAAACCUGUGGCCUACUCUCCUAAACUCAACACCCCGCGCUCACAGGGGCAUGCCAGUACACCCCAGCCACAGAAUGGCCUUGAGCCAACUCCCUCACCUGCCAAGGCCCAAGCAGCAAAUAAACCAGAUGAAUCGACAAGUGCCGCCGCCGCACCAGAGAGUUCUGCUCCUUCCUGCCGACCGCCGUGGGUCUCGGACCCCAAUUUUGCCGACCGCUUUCACCCAGACAAGGUCAGCACCGUCGUGACCCAGCACCAGAAGCCAGCCCAGCCCACGCCUAUGCAGAGCCGCAGUUCCAUCCUGCAGGCUGCACAGCAGGCGCCGGAAGACAGCGGGAGGACCCCCAUAUGUGGUGCCUGCAACAAAAUCAUCAGGGGACGGUACCUGGUGGCACUGGGACGGUCUUGGCACCCGGAAGAGUUUACAUGCUCACAGUGUAAGGCGGUCCUGGAGGAGGGGGGCUUCUUUGAAGAAAGGGGAGCCGUCUAUUGUACCAAGUGCCACGAUAACCGAUACGCUCCGAACUGUGCCAAGUGCAAAAAGAAGAUCAUAGGGGAAAUCAUGCAUGCACUGAAGAUGACUUACCAUGUUCAGUGUUUCAAGUGUGCAGCCUGCAAGAAUCCUAUCAGGAAUCAAGCCUUUUACAUGGAGGAGGGUGAACCCUACUGUGAGAGAGACUAUGAGAAGAUGUUUGGCACCAAAUGCCAUGGCUGUGACUUCAAGAUUGAUGCCGGGGAUCGGUUUCUGGAGGCCUUGGGCUACAGCUGGCACGAUACGUGCUUCGUCUGUGCUCUCUGCCAAAUCAACCUGGAGGGGAAGACGUUCUACUCGAAGAAGGAUAAGCCCCUGUGCAAAGGCCAUGCUUUUGCUCCAGUGUGAGAGAGCGAGGCGCAUCUUCAGAAGAAGGAGCACUGCUCUCUCCCUUCUCUUUACCCCCUGACACUUCCGUAGACGCACCACAUCCCUUCUUGCCACACACCUUGUUAAACUAAGUCCUUUCUCUCUGUGCUGCAGACUUUUUGUUCUUGAGGCUUAAUGCUGGCUGCACGUACCGUCACUUUACUCUGCUGUUAGGAGACUUCUGAUGGCACUGCCUCUAAUGCCAAAUGCUGUGUUGCAUAACUGGAAGGAGUCGAGGAAUUAUGUCACGCCAUCGGUAACUUUUUGACUUCCAAGUUGUUUUUAGGUCAUGAAAAAAAUGUCACCGCAGGUCACGUCGAUUUGUAGUUGUUAGCGGAGUAAUCUCCCGCCUCUGUUCUCCUCGUCCUUGUUAAUUCAAGUCACCAACUUGAAGGAGUCAUUGAGCCUCUAAUAAUCUCUCAUAUUGCAGUAAUGAUCAAGCAAUUCUCUUGCACUAAGUGUAGUGAAGUUCUGGCCCCAUACAGGACCCCAGCCCACUCAUCGGCUCUCACUGCAGCGCCCUUUAAUGUAAUGGGGGGCCAGUCAAGCAGAAAAGGAGGUGUCCAUUUCUGCUUGACUGGAUCUCCUCCACAGAAUCACUAACUACUUAUUACUUUGACUCUGGCAAGUCAGAGCGCAUACUCCAGCUUGAAGAGUCAUUUAGAAUGAUGUAGUAAUUAACCCAUUUUUAAUCGUCAUACACGCGGGUGAUGGAGAUUGAUUUUUAACUUUCCCUUUGAUUUGACGUUUUUUUUUCUUUUUUUUUUUAAAUGAGACAAAGUAAGUCUUUAAGUGUUCCCCAUGUCACUGUGAUAUUCUUCCUUAGAGUACUUUCAAGUCACUGAAUCUGUAUUUAUAUUGCUUCAAAAGUGGCCUGUAAGUGUUGUUUUUAUUGCAGCUGAAAGUUUCAAAUAAAAUUAUUUAGUAAUUCCA